AUGAGUGCCUCCUGGGACUCAGACCUGUCCUCGAUCAUCGAGAAGACUAAUAACAAUCUCAAGCUACUGCGUAAGAUUGGCGACAAACCAAAUGUGCACCCACCUGAUGUAUCCAUGACUACUGCUAAUUACUCGUCAGCUCGACCACGAGCCUAUGUUGGCGCCCAGAACGAUGCGGAAUCUGCGUCCUCGCGCGGAUCUGCCCGCCCGCGUGCCUUUAUUCGCGGAGAUGAUGAUAGGAGCUCCAUGGGCUCGCACGAAUCUAUUCGUCCUAAAGCUUACGUUCGAAGUGAUGACGACACAGGUUCCAUGAGUUCGCACUCAGCCCGUCCUAAAGCAUUUAUUCGCUCGGAUGACACUUCCGAUUCCAUGUCAUCCCGCGUGUCUGUCCGACCCAAGGCUUUCAUCCGUAACGACGACGACGCGGGAUCUGCAUCAUCUCGAGCUUCAGCUCGUCCCAAAGCUUUCAUUCGCACAGAUGAUGACUGCGGAUCUGUGUCGUCACGUGUAUCCGCUCGUCCCAAAGCGUUUAUACGUGGGGAUGAUGAUACAGGCUCUAUGUCAUCGCUCUCUUCAGCCCGUCCAAAAGCUUAUAUCCGUGGCGAUGAUGACUUGGGCUCGAUGUCGAGUAAUUCGGGUCCUGGUCGGUCUCGCGUAGAUUUAGGAGGCAAUACUAUUCGCCCACAAGUCGGCAUUGCUGGCGGCGGUGCUUUGACGGCCGCCAUGCUUCAGCAACAUCGCGCUGCUGUCGGUGGCGGUUCUGCACUGAAUGAUCUCAACGCUCAACGCUCACGCUUUGACCUAGAUGAGAUGCGAUCCAUGAGCGGCGUAUCAGCUUCUCGUUUUCGGCGCUCACAAGGCCCGACCAAUGCGCCCCAUGUGCAAACGCAUGGAGGCUCGCGAAUUCGGGUGCCAGACGCUGACAUUCCGAGCGAAAGACCAAUUCACGAGAUUGACGAGCUUAGGAAGAGCCUAGAAACAAACGUUGCAGGAUUAACCACUCGAACAUCGACACUGAGCUCGCAGAUGGCGGAGCUUCGCGAUGCUGUGCUGGUGUCUGGUGGUGGCAUUUCCUCAGCUCAAGCUAUGUCCGUCUCAGACUCAAAGAUUCUAACAAGUGUUCAAGCCAAUGCCGCUGCAAUUAAUCGUCUUGAAGAACACAGUACGGAUCUUCUGGGCCAUAAAGCUACUGUAGAUCGGGAGUUGACGGAUCUAAGCUCUCGAGUUAAAGCACUCUCAUCUGCAACUGUGAAGGUGUCUGGUCUAGAGGAUAAUAUUGAAGCACUAGUUGCAAAUCGCCAGAAACAGGAGCAGGGGUUAUUCAAACUGGCAGAUCGUGUGCAGCUCAUGCAUCGUCAAAUGGGUGGUUUUGUGGAUAUAAAGGCUGUUGAAAAUAUAGUCAGUAUUCAGCUCACGCGCGAACUUCGUGAAGUGGAAGACCGAAUAUCACAGAAUAUGACGCGAGCGGUUGAGAAGAUGGAGCAAAAGCUGCAAAAUUUGGAAAAGCAGUCAAAUUCUCAGCGUCAGGAGGGUCUGGCAGCACUUAAAAGUGAUUUGACGGACGAUUUACAGCGUCUCCAGACCUCUUCAAUCCGCAAGAGCGACUUAAUAUCACUUCAAAAUGCCCAGAUUCAAAACAAAGAGGAAAUUGCGCAGCUUUCGAGCGCACUGGAUCGUCAGGAAAAGAAGCUUCAGGACGCAAAGGUCGCGAACUCGACGUUACGAGACGAGCUCAUUGACACACGCACCGAGCUGAAGAAAGCACUGCAGUAUCAGCAGCGCAGUGCGUCAGCAUCUAUGGAAGAAAAGCUUGAGCUGAUAACGAGCAAGAACAAGGAAAAGGCACAUGACUACGACGACCAGCUGGCAGAGAUCGCUAAAAAGCAAAAAAAACUGGAAGACACUAUCAACACAGUCCAUGACACAAUUGACAAGAUAAAGAGUGAGGCUGGCCAAGGCUUACGCUCCAGCUCAAAAGACCGAGACGAGGCAAACAACAAAUUGCGUCAGCGUCUUUCGCGCUCUGUCGCUGAACUUGAGGCUCUGGCCCUGACUAAGUCCGAGGUGGAACGUCGAUUUGCUAACGAAGAGAAGCAGUUUCAUGAGAGACUAAUGGAGCUUCGCAUUACCUUGGAUCAAGCAGAGAAGCAGAAGGAAGCCGAACGUCUGGAACUCAUACAGAAGCUGCAGGAGAAGAGCAAAUUGUUGGGUGUGGCUCAGGGAAAAAACACUCUGCUGGAGAGCUUGUUGGCUGGUGAGAAAGCGGGAAAUGAUGAGAAGAAUGAGAUGGUGCUCAAGUCAAAAAAAGAAGUAGCGGAAGCGCGCGAGCAGAUUCGAAAGUUAGAGAGUGACAAGGAAAAAAGUGUUCGUCAAUUGAUAUCUGAACUACAGGCAAAACAAACGCAGGUUGCUUUGUUAACCAAGACAUUGGACCGUGCCGAGACGGCCUCGGCAAAGAUGUUAGACCUUUCACAGCGGGAGACAAAGUCCUUGCGUCGUCUCAAGGCGACCAAAGAGCACGAACUUUUUCUUGCGCAGUUGAAGCUGAAGGAGAUGGAGCGCAUAGCUUUGUCUCUUCAAAAUGGCAACGAAGUCAGGGAACAAGCAGCUGCCACCGCUGCUAGCACAGAAGAGCGCAUUAAACUGGAAAAGUUGCUUCUAGAUAGUCAGUUGGAAAAGGACGAACUGAAACAAGAGUUGCAUGAUUUGACGGAUGAGCUGAAUUGUUUGAAGGACAGCCAGAAGGUGAUGCUGGAGGACACCGUUAUUAAGCUCUCGAGCGACUACGAUGAAAAGAUAAGUGAACUUCAGCAGCAAAUUUUGAAUAAAGAAUUGGCAAUGCGUCAAUUGCGCGACACGCUGGUUGAGAAAAGCAACCUUGACGUUUUAGAGGACGAAGUGGGUGCGCUUAAGGACGAAAAAAACAAUUUGUUGGAGCAACUACAGCGGGCGAGUAACGAACACGAGCAGGUGACUCUAAGAAUUGAAACGGACCUUCGUCUGGAGCAUGCAGCUGAGCUUGUUAAGAUGAAGGCGAAGCUUGAGGAACGUGUAUCGGACUUGGACUGCCUCAAGACGGAACUUGGAGCGACCAAAGCGACGAUCGCAGAUCUAGAAAAGGAGCUGAAGGAGCAGGAGGCUCUGCAUCAGCGUGAGGUUACGCACCGUGCGACUGAGAUGAAGCACGCUCGUAAGACAAUUGACGAAUGCUCGGCUCAAAUUCUGACUCUUGAAGAAACGAAAACUCGUCUGGAGAACGAAAUAUCGCGGUUGGAGGCGAAGGUAGGUAGUGCAUUUGCCGAAAAGGAGGAGGAAGUUCAGGCAGUAAAGGAUCAUAUGCAAUGUGAAAUUGACAAGCUGCGUGCUGAGCUUGCGGAUGUGUCCAGUACACUUGAAGACAAGCAGACACAGCUUAGUGAGGCAAAGCGAUCGGAUGAAACAAACCGCAAUCGUUUGGUGGAGAUGGCGAUGGCCCAAGAGGAAAUGCACAAUCGUUACGUCUCCCAGGUCGACUCUUUGACCUUAAAGCUCACCCAGGAGCGCGAAAAAUCUUGUGCUCGUGAACAAGAGCUGGAAGAAACGAUCAACAAGCUGAAGUUUGACGUCAACGCACUGAAGGCUGAUUCGAUAAUGGAACUGGAUGCUGCGAGCUCGAAGCUUACUGACCAGAUGACUGAGUUGACUAUGACUUUGAAGGCCUCGCAGCACCACGAGCAGCAACUGCAGUCGCGUCUCAAACGUAUUUUGGAAGAGUUAGUUCAAGCUGUGAACGCCUCCGGUAAGCCUGAAGGAGCAGAUGGAACAGAGAUGAGCGAUGAUGAGGCCAUUACAACCCACCUUGAUGCGUUGUACGCGAUGCAUCGCCGCACAGCGCAUGAGCUGGAAUGUCUUCAGACAGAAUACGACGAGAUUGUACAGCAGGCUGCUGCCGAUAGUGCUACUGCUUAUAAGUUGGACAAUGAGGUAAAGGAGCGUGAAAAUCAGAUAAAGAUGCUCGAUGCGGUCGUGGAUCGACUUCGUCAAGAGCUCCAAGAACAAUAUCACAAGACAGCAAUUCUUGCCAAGGGAUCAAACGACUUUAGUGACGAGAUGGCGACCUUGCGUGAGGAAAAGCGUCAGCUCGAGCGUCAGCUACAGGAAGUAGAAAAGGAACGUGCAAAUAGAGAAGUCUCACUUCAGCGAAAAACAGAAAUGAAGGAACACGAAAUGGAAGAGCUUCGUGACGAGAUUAAAACACUCACAGCAGCUGUUGCUGCUGUUCGUGCCAAAAUUAAAGCGAUUGAAAUUGCCAAGUAUGACGACUUGAGCGAGCUCGAAAGCAAGAUAGAAAAUUUAGAAGGACGUACUGCAGCACUCCAGUCGGAUGAGAAUAGUGCUGCGAGCAUGAAGAAGUCGUUUAUGUAUACUCGUCAGGAAGCGGCGACGCUGGCAGCCGAAGUGCAUUCUCUUUACCAGAAGCUUACAUCUUUUUGUGGGAUCAUCGAGUGGAGUGAGCUCCGUGCCACUGUAUACGACGAAGAGGAUAAGUUCACUCGUGCUCACUUGCAAAAUGCUCGCGAAUUGGCCAAGAUGCAAUCGGUUGAAGAGGAAGUACUGACAAAUGCUGAUUUCUUGAAUGCAUUGCUAGUCUUACACGAAUCGAAGUCAGAAGAUGAAAAUGAUACUCGUUGGAUGCAAAAAUAUACUGCGAUUGCUCCUGAAAUCGUAAAAAAGCUAUGGAAAGUGGAGUCACGAUUACGUGACGUUGUGUUGGAUCUGCAUGACUCGACGUCUCUUUUCCCCACAGACUCAGAAGUGUUUGCGGGCAAUGAAGACAUAGAUAAGGCUGCGGCUCCAUCUUCUUUCUCACAGAAAGCGGCGGAAGACGGUUUCGCAAUGGCUAUUGCUAUCGAAGAGGUGGCACGGGACGUGGAUGAAAAGAAAGAGGAUAUGGAGCCUGAUGUGGAGCAGGAAAGCGUAGCGGACCAUGAAGAAGGAAAUAAGCCAUGA